GUUGCGGCGCCCGGGGCGGAGGAGGCGCACCUGCCCCUGCGCGGGGCGCCCGCAGCUGAGCCGGGGCCUCGGCCGCCACGGGCUUCCGCGGGUCAGCUGACCGCCAGUGCGGAACUGAAGCCGGCCCGCCCCGCCACGCUCCCUGCUCCGGGUCCCCAGCCCCCUGCUCCCUGCUUCCAGCUCCGCGCUUGGGGUCGUUCGCCCCGUCGCCAUGGACGGGCUCGUCGUCAGUGGAACGCAAGUGUCCUACAUCGGCCAGGACUGCAGAGAGAUUCCAGAGCACCUCGGCAGGGACUGCGGACAUUUCGCCAAGAGGCUUGAUCUGAGCUUUAACCUUCUGAGGUCACUGGAAGGACUGAGCGCCUUCGGGAGUCUGGAGGAGCUCGUCUUGGACAACAAUCUGCUGGGGAACGACCUCGUGUUGCCAGGGUUACCCAGGCUCCAUACCUUAACCCUCAACAAGAACCAGAUCACUGAUUUGGAGCAUCUGCUUGAUCACCUGGCAGAAGUGACACCGGCUCUGGAAUACCUCAGCCUGCUGGGUAAUGUGGCAUGUCCCAACGAACUGGUCAGCUUGGAAAAGGACGAAGAAGACUAUAAGAGAUACAGAUGCUUUGUUCUGCACAAGCUGCCCAAUUUAAAGUUCUUGGAUGCCAGGAAAGUAACCAGAGAAGAACGAGAGGAAGCUUUGGUCAGAGGGGCGUUCAUGAAGGUGGUGAAGCCCAAGGUUUCCAGUGACAGCAAUGUUGCCUCUCCAGAGUGCCACUACACACCCCUGCCUUCUGCUUCCAGGGAACUCACCAGUCACCGAGGUGUCCUGGGGAAGUGUCGCUAUGUUUACUAUGGGAAGAACUCGGAGGGCAACAGGUUUAUCCGAGAUGACCAGCUCUGAAGGUCAGCAAUGGAAAACAGAUUUUGCUUAGACAUAUUCAACUAAGCUAAAGAAAAUUGCAUUCCUCUGCCUCCCUUGCAGCUAUGGAUAGCUAAUGAUCAAGUUCUGUCCAAUGACUUAUAGUAGCCUAGAGACCCAGUUCACAAAAUUCGUACACAUGGGGGCGGGGAGUUAUCCUCAGCCUGGCCUGUACCCUCUCACAAUCCGGGAUGUCCGACUGCCAGUUAGAAGAUAAUAGUGUUGGGCAUAAGAUUUGUCUGUAACAGGCAGUCGGACAUCCCUCUCGCAAUCCAGGACCACUGGCUCCUAACCACUCGCCUGCCUGCCUACCUGAUUGCCCCUAACUACUCACCUGCCUGCCUGAUUGCUCCUAACUGCC